CUUUGGGAUCACCUCAGACGCUCGAAGAAGCCAAAAAUAUUUUAAUUUAUAAAGGUUUAGGAUCUUUCAAACCAGCUGAUCAGUUUGAAACAGUUGAUUCGAUAGCUCGAAGAGAAAUGAGCGAUGAUUUUCAACAACAAGAUUACCGUUAUCGGAAUCAAUUCCAAAAUUUCAACUCCCAAUUUGGACGACAUAGAAAUGUACAAAAUUUUUGAAAUAACCGCCAUAAUUUUCAAUCUACAGAUUAUCAAAAUGGUAAUAAUUUUUAUACCCCUAGAAAUCAAAAUUUUACUGGAAGACAAGAUUGCAAUCAAAAUCAGUUUUAUAAUAACAGGUAUUCAAAUAACAGAGCCAGUAACAAUAAUUUUAUGAAUCAACCCCGAAGUAAUCAUAUAUAUGAUGGUAUUCCAAUAAGGCAUAUACAUGGCUCUAAUAUUGGAUCAUCAAACUACAAUGAUACUACAUUUUUGAAUAAACAUGAACCGAAUAUAAAUUCAAUUGAUAGAGAAGAGUACAAAGAGUUUUUGUUAUUUAAACAGCAACAAAACAAUCAAAUUCGUUCUGAAGGUGCAGCCCGUGAAUUAAACAGCCACGAAGAUAUUUUACCUGACCGCGAUCAUAGCUAUUGUCCGUCAAAAGAAAACGAUGAUUUAAAUUUUUCGGAGGUAUUCAAACCUCAAUCACAAAACAUUGAAAAUAAUUUUAUUCCUUACAUCGAAAUUAAAACGCUAUUCGGAAAUUUGAAAUUUCUUGUGGACACAGGUGCCAAUAAAAACUAUAUUUCACCAAAACAUGUGCACCCUGAAAAGCAGAAGACCGAGAAACUACAUCAUAUUACAAACGUUUCCGGCUUACAUCGUAUUGAUAAAUUUACUGAGAUGAACAUAUUCUUCAACUUUGAAUCACUUCCCAAUCAAAAAUUCCUUUUAUUCCAAUUCCAUGAAUUUUUCGAUGGUCUAAUAGGAUACGAGUCCUUGAGAGCAUUAGGUGCUAUAAUCGAUACCGCAUCAAAUGAGCUUCGAAUAGGAAAUUUGACAAUUCCUGUGAAGAGAAAAACUUGCAGCCAAACUGAAAUAAACUUUCAUACAAUAUUCAAUAAAAGUGAAACUUCUUCUAUUGACGAUGUUGAUUAUGUCGAUUCAAACAUAUUAAUUGAAUCAGAAAAAUGUAUUGCUACUGUCUGCAAAACUCUAGGUUCAUUAUCUAACUUGAAUAGUAAUUCAGUUAUUACAAAAACAGACUUACAAAAGAAGCACCAUUUGAGGAAGCAAACUGCAACAGUCAACGAAUUAUUGAGAAUUCAAAAAGACAUUCGAAAUAAACAAAAGAUCAUGGCACAACAAAUUAAUGAAACAUUUUAUAAGGGAUCCUAUGCAAAUCAUGCACAAUCUCGGAGACACUUGAAUCUUUGUAAAUUUGACAGAAAUAAAAACAUUCUCAGUUCUGAAAUGUAUCGCACAACGAGCAACAAAUUAUUUCGUUGGAAAAGACAAAACUUCGAAAAUUUGAAAACGGAGGAAAUGUUUUUAAUAGCACCUACACCAUUUAAUAAUGCAAUAUUAUCUUCCACAGAUUACAAGCAUGUGGUCUAUGGCAUCAAGGACAACGAAGAAAAUUCAUUCAACCCAAAUUUUCUAGGAUGCAAAAACGAUUAUGAUACAAAGUUAUGAUGAGAAGGCUGUUGAGUCUCUAGGAAAACAACAUGAUAACCAUCAUAACUCAUUGGACACGAAUAAAACACAUCUGGAAUACCAAAUACGUCAAACCCUCACUACCCUCACUAAUAAACAACAAACUACUAACAUUGGAAAAGAAAAUCCAUUGAAAUCAGCAAAAGCAUGAGCCAAUUAUGUCUCAAAAUCUACGCACUAAUUUACCACAGAACCAAAAAACUGUGGAUUC